UAAAUCACGAGUAACUUCAAGAGUUUUCAGGAAAAAAAAGAAAUUUGAAUUUUUGUAAAAUCAUGCCAUCCGAACAGAAGCAGUUACUUUUUGAUGAAAAACAGAGUACCCCCCAAAAAGAUUAUGAUGUGAAAAAUGAGAUAGUUGAUACUUUGAGAUCAAUACUUAAACCAAAAAUUUCAGAAAGUAUUUUUCAUUAUAAACUAAAAAAUGUGAAAAUUGAUUUGCCGAAGAUAAAUAUUCCAAAUGAAGUUCUGUUGAAACAUGAAGUUGACAAGUACCGAAAAUUAUUUCAGUGCAAACCACAGACUGCAAGAAAAUCUAUCAGCAUAAAGACUGCAAACCAUGUAGAGGAAUGUAUGUUGUUCCAUAAAUCUGAGAGAGUUGAAGAGAGCAUAAAAAUGUCUGCAAAAAUACUCAACUUCAACUGUUUAAAAUGCCAAGAUAGUACUCGAUACAGCCCAAAUGAUUUGCAGAAACACUUUCACAUGUGGCAUCAUGGUGAAUUACCUUCAUAUCCUUGUGAAAUGUGUAGUUUUUCAGCAAAUGAUUUCCAGGUCUUCAAACAACACCGACGGACCCAUAGAAGCACUUUAGUAAAAUGUGACAUUUGUAAUAAUGAGAGUGUAUAUACUUUAUUAGACUUGACAAAGCAUUUUGCAGCCACACAUUGUGUAAAUGGUAAUUUUCAAUGUGAAAAGUGCAAAUUCUCCACCCAGGAUGUUGGUACAUUUGUUCAGCACAUUCACAGACACAAUGAAAUCCAUUAUAAAUGUGGUAAAUGCCAUCAUGUAUGUUUUACCAAAGGAGAGCUUCAGCAGCACCUUUAUGUUCAUUCUGGUACAUUUCCCUUUGCUUGUCAAUAUUGUAACUAUGGUGCCACCAGGAGAGAGCACCUUAUAAGACAUGUUAUAACUUUGCACAAAGAACAUUUAUAUGCAAAAGAAAAACUGGAAAAAGACAAAUAUGAAAAAAGGAUGGCGAAGACUUCAGCGGGACUUAAGCUGAUACUGAAAAGAUACAAGAUAGGUGCAUCAAGGAAGACAUUCUGGAAACGUAAGAAAAUCAAUGGGAGCGACCUAAGUAUGGAAAAAAACACUCAAGUGCUUAAAAAAGUGAAUAGAACACUGGUUAAGUCUGAAGACCAGAGUCAUCUUGUUCAGGAACAUUUAAAUUCAGAAAAGGAUGAAAGAGACUAUUGUGAGAACAAUGAUAAACGUGCUGAGUCAGAGUCAGAAAAGCCAAUUGUUCUGUCCACUGGACAAUGUAAUAGAGUUGAAGAGGGAUCAAAUUUUACUUCAGGUUUCUUGAAAACUGCUGUACAAGGACCUACAGUGUUAAUGGUGAAAAACAAUAGAAUAACAGUUCCUGCUAACUACAGUGCAAAGUUUAUGGGCUUCAAGAUGGUGGAUGGAAAGCAACAUAUUGUAAUUAAAUUGCUGCCUACCAAUAGACAGAAUUCAUAUUCCACAGGCUCUCAGUCAGAGUCUGCCAAGGAUACUCAUCUGCAACCACAGACUUUGGAUACCACUGGAUUUUUAUCAGGAAUAGCAACUGAGUUAAGUGACACAGUUUACAUGAAAACAGGUACUCCGUUUUCAUAUGCAUCUCCUGUACUUCCGGGGAAAAUAACUUCAGAAAAAGAAAUGACUUCGCUGUCUCAAAGGAACAGUGUGCUUCAAACAAUGGAUGAUGAAAAAAAUGUGUCUUCUUUGUCAGUGACAUCAGAAUUGAUUACAUCUUCAGUGAACUUGACCACAAAAGUUGAAACAAGAGACGACUUAUGGGGAAGUCAUAUUACUCAGAGUCCUCCUGAGGUCCUAAGUACUGCCAUUAAAAGUCCAGAUAUAGUCAAACCAAAUGCAUACAGUAGUGGAGAUAUGCAUAACUAUUGCAUUAAUUAUGUCAACCCUGAAUUGCCUGUUGAGUCCCCUAACCAGGGAUCCUUACCUUUUCAUAAUUACUCGAAAAUGAAUAAUUUAAAUAAACGUCGUAGGUUUUCAGGAACAGCAUUAUGUGAAAACCCUCAAAGAGAAGCUUCAUCAAGCAAGAUAGUUGCUCAACUACCAAUAAGUGAAUCAGUUUUAUCCCUAGUGAGGAAAGAGAGCUCAAACCCAGAUAGCCUGUUAGCAUCUACUGGCCUUUUACACACUAAAGACGGAACCUUAAAAACACAGGCUGAAAUUGGGGAAGAGUGUGUUUUAGAAAAAGGACAAAACAUUGAUGAACAGAGCCUAUAUACUAAUGAAAAUCAGGACUUAGAGAGUAUGACUGAAAAGUCUAACUGGGAUGACAUUUCUAAUGUUGAUUCACCCAUGAUGCCUAGAAUCACAUCUGUGUUCUCUCUCCAGAGCAAACAGGCAUCAGAAUUUUUGCCACCUGAAGUAAAUCAGUUACUUCAAGAUGAAUUGAAAGCAAAAGCCGAUGUAAAACAAGACACUGACAGCACUCUUAAUAAAGACUUGCCUCUUGAUUAUGACCAGUCCUAUCAGAAACUUGAGGGAGAAGGCAAAGUCAUCGACUCUUCAAAAGACUUCAAAGUACAAGGCAUCUUUCCAGUUUCAUCUGCUAGUGUGGGGAUUGAUAUACCUACAAAUGAUCUGAAUUUAAAUUGUGGAAAAGAAAAGCAAAUUCUGUCAGGGUCACAAGACAUGAAAGAUAUGGAGAAGACAGCUAGAAUUUCGGGUUUUGGCACAUUACUUAAGACUCAGUCAGAUGCAAUAAUAACACAGCAGCUUGUAAAAGACAAACUGCGAGCCACUACACAAACUUUUGGUUCUUUGUAUAUACAGAAUCCACUUGUAAAUUCAGAACCAAAGAAUACUAUAUACGUACAGACCCCAAAAGGCUUUUUUGUACCAUUUCACAUUGCAAAUAAACCUGGGUUACAUGUCAUUUCAUCAGGAAGAUCGCUUCCAUUGGUUAGUGCACAAGGUGUGCCUGCUUCUCUUAUCUUAAACAAGAAACCUGGGAUGCUUUUGACAUUUAAUAAUGGGAAACUUGAAGGUGUUUCCACUGUCAAAACUGAGAGUGGUCAAGUGUGUGGAACUGCAGCUAAGGAGCCUUGCAGAAUGCCUGUCUUAAAGGUAGAACAAAACAAUAAUUGUCUGACACCUGCACUUUGUUCCAGCAUUGGCAGUUGUUUGAGCAUGAAAAGUUGCUCAGAAAGUACUUUGCCAUUAAAAGGUCCUUACAUUAUUAAAUCAGCAGCGAAUUCUUCACUGAAAGCUGCUCCCGCUUCUAAUGUAAUAUCUGAGCAUCAGGGCACUAAGUUGAAUAUCUUGGAUUCAGUAAAACAGCGUAAUGAGACUUUUCCAAAACCACCCCUUUAUACCCUCUUGCCUGAUGGCAAACAAGCUGUUUUUUUCAAGUGUGUGAUGCCAAAUAAGACUCAGCUGCUUAAGCCCAAAUUAGUCCAAAAUAGUACUUAUUAUCAAAAUAUACAGCCAAAGAAACCUGAAGGAACACCACAAAAAAUAUUGCUGAAAAUUUUUAACCCUGUUUUAAAUGUAACUGCUGCUAAUAAUCUUUCAGUAAGUAAUUGUGCAUCCUCAUUGCAGAAAGACAUUGUACCAUCUAAUCAAACUACAGGAGAGCAGAAAGAGCCAGAAUCUUCUAGAGAUGCCUUACCCUUCAUACUAGAUGACAUGAUGCCAGCAAAUGAAAUUGUAAUAACUUCUACUGCAACAUGUCCAGAAUCUUCUGACGAACCAAUAUGUAUCACUGACCAUUCAGAGGCCAGGGUAUUAAGAUGUAAAACAAAUUGUACAAUUGAGAGAAGCUUCAAUAGAAAAAAGACUUCCAAAAAAAACUUUUCAAGAAUAAAAACUCAAGUAAGAAGUAUAGAUUCUGAAACUGCUUUUGUAUCUAGAAACAGAAACUGUAAACGAAAGUAUAGUGAUAGUGACCUAGAACCUCCAAGAAAAAAAGCAACAUUACAUAGGAAGUGUAAAGAAAAGGCUAAACCUCAAGAUAUCCAUGAAUCAUUUGGAUUUAGCAGACCUAGGCUAUCAAAAGAUUCAGUCAGAACUUUGCGGCUUUUCCCCUUUAAUUCCAAACAACUUGUGAAAUGCCCUAGGAGAAACCAACCAGUUGUAGUUUUGAAUCAUCCUGAUGCAGAUGCACCAGAAGUAGUCAAUGUAAUGAAAACUAUUGCUAAAUUUAAUGGACGUGUACUUAAGGUCUCAUUGUCAAAAAGAACUAUCAAUGCUUUGCUGAAGCCAGUUUGUUAUAAUCCUAAAACAACUUAUGAUUUUUCCAAGAGACACAAAACAUUUAAACCUAUUAGUUCUGUGAAAGAAAGAUUUGUAUUAAAGUUAACACUCAAAAAGACAAGCAAAAACAAUUAUCAGAUUGUGAAAACUACCUCUGAAAAUGUUCUGAAGGCUACAUUUAACUGUUGGUUUUGUGGUAGAGUAUUUGACAAUCAGGAUGCCUGGGCUGGUCAUGGGCAGAGGCAUUUAAUGGAAGCUACUCGUGAUUGGAAUACAUUAGAAUAAUUUAUUGUUAACUGUGGAAAAGAAAAGUAAAAUUAUCUUAGAAAACAACAGUGGUUUGAUACCUUAAUGCAGAUGUUUUCUAUUUCAGUUUAUUGCCUGAAACUACUUGUGAAAAUUGUAAUGUGUCAAUAGAAGAGCAAAAGGUCUAUAUAUGAUACUUGACAUGCUUUCACUCACUGUAUGACAGCACAGGCGUACUUUGAUUUAAUUUUUUAAAAGUGUGUUCUUGGGAAGUUAGGGCUAAAAGAAAAUUUUGAUAACAUAAUUUUCCCGACCAAGUUCUUCAACGACUCAGCAGAGGGUAACGGCUAAUGGCCACAUUCCUCUUUCACCAGCCUUAUGAAUCUGAUAAGUGUAGCCCCUCCAAAGAUGGAGAGCUCUUUCAUCAUGGAACUGAAGGAGUUUUUUACCGUUUGUGAAGAUGUGCUGAGAGCUUGAGUAAAGCCCUUACUCUACAUCUGUAGUUCUUUGGAGGAGUUUUGGGUGCUUUGAGAAUACAUUUAACUCACUACGGUUACACCUCAUGUUUGAAAAAGAGCUUUUGACAAAUCUUACUUUCUUGUAAACAGUGUCCUGCGACAGAGGUUCCAACACCCUCCCCAGAUAAUUUUCUUUUUUCUAAAUGUCUGUCAAGCAUUGUAGUUGUAGAUAGGCAGUUGGGUAUAGAAAUAAACUGUCUAAUGUGAAAUCCAGUGAAAGAAUUUGAGCAUUUUUCUGAAUUUGGUUAUAUUUGCCAGUGAUUCUCUUACACGGAACUAUGCUUGUUUAAUUUAAAUUGUUUGUUACCCAUAAUCCAAAAGACCAAUUUUUUUCUUGGUUGUCAUCCCUUUAAAAAGAGUGGAAUUUAGAAGCACUUCCAAGGGAAUGGCUUUUCUUGAAAAUUGAAUUUUUUUCCUACAGAAACAAUAUCAUGAAGCAAGAUUGGCAAAGCAAAUCUUAUUUUUGUUUGUGUUUAAUUACUCUUAGUGUCUGAACAUGUCCACAUUGGGACAAACUAUUUUUAUUAUCAAUUUUUCAGUAUGACUGACAACCCAAAGCAGAUGAUUUACUGAUUGUUGACAGUUGAAAAUGGAGAAGCAUUACUAGUGAACUCUGGCAGUGCAUGAACUUCAGGAGUUUUCUAUGGGACAUGCCCUACAUAGAGUUUUGAAAUGGACAUUUUCACAGCGACAACAGAAUCAUCCGUUUAAACUUUUCAUCUUGUAAUCUUAGAUCAAAUUUUGUUGGAUCAUUAGAAAAUGGAGUUCUUGUAUUACAAAAUUAUGUGAGAUACCAUUUUUGUUGUACUGCUACUACAAGUGUUAAUGUCAUUGAUGGAAUGAAAACUUCAGGGCUUGUUUUCUGUACAUAACAAAAAAUUUAAAACUGUACAUAUUUUUGUACCUUUCAGUUAUGUAAAUUUCGCACAGAAAGUUUUGACAAAAUUUAUUUUCUUUCAAUUUAGUUCUGUGCAUGCACUAAUAAAACUGGUGGUUUAAUUUAAAAGGAGUAUAUAAGACUUUACCCAUGUUAUUUUCUUGGUUUUUAUUUCAGAUGUAGAUUUUUUUUUUGGGUAAAUUCAUUUUUCAGGGAUUGAACACUAUUGUUAGCAAGUGCCUAAAAGAUGUGAAACAGUUUACAUUUGUCAACUGUAACAGUAGGUCCCAAAUGGGUCCAUUCCCCCAAUAGUUCUAUUUUAAAGAAAGCCAUACACAAUGCUUCAAGCUAUCUUGCUAUGCACAUUAUACAUGUACUGGUUUUGUGCAGUUUGUCUACUUUCUUAGUGAAGUAUUUUUUGUAUAAAAUCUGUUACAAUUGUGUUUCUUAAAUUGAGCCUAAGAAUGGAGUUGAUUGAAAAGAUACAGUAUAUAUUAAUGAUGUAUAUGAUGUUUAAAGAAUGGUAAGCAUUGUUAAUUUCUGUAAUGAACCUUUUCAAUUAAAUUUAUCUUGUUUGUGUUUACACAAUUCUUUUCA